GCAAUCGAUCUGAAAAGUUUAGCAGACGAACAUAAUAUCCAAUCCAACCUGUCAAGAAAUCCAAUCGUCUAUUUAUUUUCACCAUGGCCGAAUUCGAUGUUGAAGCAGUGUUUACCGUCGCAUUAAAAGCAGUGAAAGAUGCAGGAGAAAUUAUCAAAGAAGCAUUUUACAAGAAGAAAGCUGUGCUCACUAAAUCAUGUGCUGUCGAUCUCGUUACCGAAACUGAUCAGGCAGUGGAGAAAAUGUUGAUUGGUAGAAUCAAAGAAAAUUUCCCUAACCACAUGUUUAUAGGAGAGGAAUCUGUGGCAGCAGGAGAAAAAUGUGACCUAACGGAUGAACCCACCUGGAUUGUCGACCCAGUUGAUGGAACAAUGAACUUUGUGCACUCAUUUCCUCAUUCCUGCAUAUCACUAGCAGUGCUGUACCAUAAAGACAUCCACAUUGGCAUAAUCUACAAUCCAAUUUUAGACCAAAUGUUCACUGCCAAACUUGGCCAAGGAGCUUUUCUAAAUGAUAAACCCAUUCGGGCCUCUGAAGAAACAGAGCUGGGGAAAUCUCUAGUCAUUGCCGAGUUUGGUACGAACCGGGAUCUCCAAAAAAUGGAAAGUGUACUUAAAAAUAUAACAGCGCUUAUGAACAAAGUUCAUGGAUUAAGAGCUAUGGGAAGUGCUGCAUUGAACAUGGCCUCGGUCGCUUCGGGUGGAGCAGACUGCUACUUUGAAUACGGGAUCCACGUGUGGGAUAUUGCCGCUGGAACAUUAAUUGUAAGAGAAGCUGGAGGUGUUUGCAUCGACACGGAAGGAGGACCAUUGGAUCUGAUGUCUCGGCGGAUGAUUUGUGCGUCAUCUGAAAAACUGGCCCUUCAAAUCAUUCCUCUUCUAACGCAAUUGAAAUUAGAAAGAGACUAACGAUGGAACUAAUUUCCCGGUUUAUUCCGAAAUCAAAACCAAAGAUAUUCUUGGUUAGAGACCGUCUAAUUUAAGAUUUCUUUAUUACCGAAGAAUCUUUGAAAUUGUAUGAUGUAGGACUUAAUUAUUUUCUUAAUUGUCCUCUUAAUUCCCUGUCGUGUAUUUGUUAUCACAAUACAAAAUACAGCUGUUAGUAAAUGAA